GAGGCGGCGGGCGCGCGCCAGAGGCGGUCGCGGGGCCAACCUGACUUUGUUCCCCCUUGUCCCUUCUUCGGGCGCACCCUCCUGGAGGCGCCCCUCCCCACCCCCGCCGCGUGCUCACAGGCGCUCCCUCCCGGCGAACCCGGCCCGUGGGCAUGGGGGGAGUCCGCCCCCUCAGUCCUCGAGGGGCUCCGAGGAGCCCGCCGCGCGCUCCCUGACGUACUGUCCUCGCCGAAGAGUCCAUGGGCGCGCCCUCGCAGGCCGGUCGCGGACGUGAGGGCGCUGGGCCGCGCGGCCGCGGAGCCGAGGAGAGCCGUUCUCGUGACCGGCGCCGCGCAGGCCGCGCGCGCGCGUCCCCGCCGCAACCCCGGCCGCGCCCGCCCCGCCUCUCGCCGCCGGCCCGGGAGCCCGGUCCGCGAGUGGCGGCGGCGGCGGCCGGAGGGACGAUGAGCGGCACGGCGCGGGCGGGCCCGGCCCGGCUCGCCGCGCUCGCGCUGCUGACCUGCGGCCUGUGGCCGGCGCGGGCGGACAACGCGAGCCAGGAGUACUACACGGCGCUCAUCAACGUGACGGUGCAGGAGCCCGGCCGCGGCGCCCCGCUCACGUUCCGCAUCGACCGCGGGCGCUACGGGCUCGAUUCGCCCAAGGCCGAGGUCCGCGGCCAGGUGCUGGCGCCGCUGCCUCUCCACGGAGUUGCUGAUCAUCUGGGCUGUGAUCCUCAAACACGAUUCUUCGUCCCUCCUAAUAUCAAGCAGUGGAUCGCCUUGCUGCAAAGGGGAAACUGCACCUUUAAAGAGAAAAUCUCCCGGGCUGCUUUCCACAAUGCAGUGGCCGUGGUCAUCUACAACAAUAAAUCCAAAGAGGAGCCAGUCACCAUGACUCACCCAGGCACUGGAGAUAUCAUUGCUGUCAUGAUAACAGAAUUGAGGGGUAAGGAUAUUUUGAGUUAUCUGGAGAAAAACAUCUCUGUUCAAAUGACAAUUGCUGUUGGAACUCGGAUGCCGCCAAAGAACUUCAGCCGUGGCUCUCUAGUCUUCGUGUCAAUAUCCUUUAUUGUGUUGAUGAUUAUUUCUUCAGCGUGGCUCAUAUUCUACUUCAUUCAGAAGAUCAGGUACACAAAUGCACGCGAUAGGAACCAGGAUGCCGUGGGACUGUCCCUACAUGCCGUUUCCCACCCAGAGCAACCAGGGGUCCUCGGGGAAGUGGCUUAUUCCAGGCGUCGUCUUGGAGAUGCAGCCAAGAAAGCCAUCAGUAAAUUGACAACAAGAACAGUGAAAAAGGGCGAUAAGGAGACAGACCCAGACUUUGACCAUUGUGCAGUCUGCAUAGAGAGCUACAAGCAGAAUGAUGUGGUCCGGAUUCUCCCCUGCAAACAUGUUUUCCACAAAUCCUGCGUGGACCCCUGGCUUAGUGAGCAUUGCACUUGUCCAAUGUGCAAACUUAAUAUUUUGAAGGCCCUUGGAAUUGUGCCAAAUUUGCCUUGUACUGAUAAUGUAGCAUUUGAUAUGGAAAGGCUGACCAGAACCCAAGCAGUCAACCGAAGAUCAGCCCUGGGUGACCUUGCCAGUGACAACUCCCUGGGCCUUGAGCCACUUCGGACUUCGGGGAUAUCGCCUCUUCCUCAGGAUGGGGAGCUCACUCCUAGGACAGGAGAGAUCAACAUUGCAGUAACAAGUGCUCACUUCUUUCAUCGAAACUCCCUGUCCCCUCGGAGCCUGGUGUAUGAAAGUGAAUUCUCCACAAUCGAACCUUCUUUGGACGUCUAUGAUGAGAACAAAACCUGAGUUUUAAAUCCCUGGCUGUCGGGGGUUCACUUCUUUUGUGAUUUGAUUUAUGAUCACCUUUCUUAUUUCGUAUUCUUCUGUCAGCGUCCGUUUGGGAAGAAUGGCAGCGCUUUCUAAGCACAGGUUGGGGUUCAGGUUAAAUUGCAAAGUCGCCCCCAAGGUAAGGCUUUGAGGACAGCAUUAUUGCCCGAGGCAGCCUCAUGGUUCAGAAAGCCAGCUGCUGAUCAUAGGUGCCUGGCAGGGCUGGCUGUUUGCAGAGAAGAGGCAGCGCCGGGGCUCAGUGUUGUGUUGCAAACCUGCUAUUCUGUGCCAGGGUGGAGUUGGGGUUUCUUAAAACACCUUUUGUGAUCCCCACUGACGAUGCACACUACCACCUGUGAAACUUCGUACCCACGCAAAGAGCAAGUCGCUGCCCUUGACCUGCUUUGUGUCGUCCUCUGCCUCUAACUCCCUUUGUGAGACUCUGGCCACCUCGAUGCCGCCAGACCACAGCCAUGGCGCUGGGGUACAUGCGUGGGGCCAAGCGGUCAUCUGCCCUGUCAUUUUCCAGCCUCUGUGUUGAGCAUGGCGUAAGGUGACAAGUAUUUACCACUGUCCCUGCAGCCUGUGGACUCAUCAACUUGGCCACCUUGGAAGUGUGUGUUUGGGGAGGUGGCACCCAGGAGCCCAGCCCAGCAGUCUCUGGGCACACUAAUUUCAGGAGCCUGGGCAGUGGCCAUCCACAUCAGAACAAUUUUGAAUGCUCCAUUGAGAAGAUCAAACCCCCUCCCUGCUGCUCGAUGCCCGAUAAGCACCCUCUCUGGUCUUCAUCCAGUCCAGCCCAACCCCUUCCCAGCAGCCUGGGCAUCUGUGUGUGUGCCAGCAGCCAGGAGUCGCUGCAGCUGGCGGGGCAGACAUUGGAACGCAUGUGCUCUUCCUAUGUGCCUGGGAGAACGUCAGGUUACCAUGGUGAGAAACACGUAUCCUACAAGUGAUCCCAGCAUAGAACCACAACGAGCAAGUUCCAAAAACAAGUCUUUUGCAAAGGACACGCCAUAGUCCAGUCUCUUUUCUCCUUGCCAGCCUGAGCCAUGCAGAGGGCCAGGGCAUCGGCACACUGUUAUGAGAACGGAACCUGGAGUGUCUGUGUGCCUCAGUUAGAUCUCUGGCAGCAAACUGGAUACGGGACCUCGCCGCCCUGGUGUUUGUAUUGACUCUUUGGACCCUAAGUUUGAAAUGAACAGUUGCCAUCUACUCGUGUGUGGCUUCUCCUCUUGUACAGCAUUUUCUUCUCGCCCUGUGUCUCAGAGGUGCUUCAGACACAGGUGUACCCAAACCCAGAGCCCUCGGAGAACCGGGGCAACGACAGCCAUCAGGAACAGCACAGCACGGUGAGCAGCGGCGUUUUGAUUUUUAAUAAUUUAAGAUCUUAGCGGCUUUGGCUUCUUACCUUUCAUCAAGGGCUUUUGUUUGUUUCCUUUUUAUAGUCUUUGUACUAUAAAAAUAUUUUUGAUAAACAAUUUCAAGAGGGCAUCGUUCAGAAAGACAGGGUCUUGCCCACCAGGCUCGCAGCGAGAGAACUCAUCCUGGGUGCGUCCGUGGUAUAGAUGGGCACCUGCAUUUGUGUUUGGUUCGGCUCAUCCGACAGAUGAGAGAACUCAGUUCCAACGGUUGCCAUGUCGCCCAUACCACCACCUCAUCUUCUCGAACCCAAACUCACAUCCAGCGUAACAUUUUCUUAUGAUUUGCACAGUCCUGCAAAGACAUACCCGUUCAGUUCCACUCAAGGAAUUUUCUUUACUGAAAAUGAAUGAAAUUACUUGAGAAGAAAUUCUUAAAAUCCAAGCCCCAAAAGUCUAUUGAUAUAGUUAUUUGAAUUUCUGGGAAACUGGGGAAAACAGUCACUGAGGAAUCACUGAGGAGGCAUUGUCUAUGCAGACGCUUACUCGGGGUAGUGCUCCCGAUCCCAGCCCCACUCCUGUUUCCUGAACACUGGUCCCGUUGGUCCUGCCUUCCAGCUCCAUUGCAGAGUGUCUUUGUCAGGAGGGACACUGACUUCUCUCAAGGCUCUCAGAGAAGAUGACGUUUCUUACCCCAGAGGCUAAGGGGAAAUCCAGGCUCCGGGGCAGGGGUGUGGAGGGGCCAGCUGACCCAGGGGGAGUGUUCAAAUGUUGCAGGACUUAGCGCCAGUAGUACCCACCAAGGGACGUGUGAUCAUCUCUGAUCAUUUUCUUGGGGGUGGGUUGAGGAGCUCUGCUUCAGAAGGGGCCGUGGAGUCUGUUUACACCCUAUACCAUGCAUGUCUCUGCUGGCUGCUCUGAGCUGGGCCUGUCCAAAGCCUUGUCCUCCUGUUCCACCCUCAACCUGUUCCCCAGGCAGAGCUGGCUCAGAACCGUUGGCAGGUGUCACAGGAUACUCUCAGAGUGGGUCUGGAGCUUAUGCUUUGGUGAUGUUUACCAUCCUGGGGGGAACUGCCCGUAGCCCUCCUUCCCUGUGACUCCAGGGACAGGGAAGUAGGGACUGGCCAGACAACAGUCAGGGUGGCCCCCUGGAGGGCUGAGCUGGAAGUCACCAGCAGUGACAGUGGUGGUUCUGAGUGUGUCCCUCCAGGGCCACCAGGCUCGCUCCUUCCCCAAGCAACUAGAACCUCCUGGGGAGGUUGCAGGAGCUGGAGCCAGAGCCAGAGCCGUAGUCUCACAGCCCCCUGGGGUCAGGCCCAGCAGAUGUCCCUGAAGGGAUGUUCAUGAGGCGCCUCCCUGAGCACAGGUGUGGCCCAUGCAUGGCUGAGUCUGCAUUUGACACGGCCCUGGAUGCACCAACAGCCCAGCUUCCAGAAAAUGCAAUCAGAAAUGCACUAAGAAGAUCCCGAACUUUCCCCAGGUUACAUUUCCUGUGGCUUCAUAAGCCCUUCUGGUAUUUGUAUUACCCCUCACGUCCACUGCUGGCCUUGAGCUACCUGCGGAAUGACGCUGGCUUUAACUGAAGUCUCCUGCUAUUAGCCUCUGCCGUUAAGGCAGUGGCUACUCUACAGGAAAACUAGGAGUUGAAGUCAGUGUCGGGAGUCACCCUGGCCAGCUGUUGCUGUUCAUCAGAGUCACGAAGCAGAAACACUGCCUCCAGACAAGUAGACUUAGGACUGGAGGAAGUCCAGUUUUAUCAGCAGACCUGUAUUAAGCUCUCACUGUGCUAAACAUGGAGUUAAUGGCGAUGCUGUGAGCAACAGUGGUUCUAGAAAACUGGCACAUAACCAGCCAACUGGGAGGCUGCGAGCGAUGAAAUGAGAGUGACAUUGACAGAGGAGGAAGAGGAGGAGGAAGAGGGACAGCACCACAGCUGCAAAGAGGUCAAGAGAGGGCUGAGGAGAGCAGGAGCCCCACAAGGGCUAAGGGCUGGGGUUGGGGGGUUUGCAAGGGACAAGUGGCACUACUGUGGCCUCGGGUCCUAGGGCCUGUCUUAGGGCAAGGAAGAGACACCUCACAGUUAGACCCCAGCCAGGAUGCUGCCUGAGCGUUGGCAAAGGAGGGAGCCAAGAGGUCGAAGCGUAAACACAGGUGUGUGCGUCUGUGAUGGUGUGGGUGUUGGGGGCACCCAGGGAGAGUCUUGUGAGAACACAUCAGGUAUGGGGCUGGCAAGACCUCGGAGGGAGGCAUGGAGAUGCAGUUGUGGCUCUCGACAAGGGUUUGGUGGUAGAAAGGAGGUGGGAAGGAUGCGGCCCCUUCUGGAGGGGUCCACAGAGGCCCACCAGCCCCAACCAGCCAGCCCCUCCUCAUGGGUCUCCCUGCCCCCAGGCCACACUGACUUCUUGAGGCCAAGUGAGGAGGCAAGCCAGUUUUUCUGUUUUCUUCACUCUGACUCGGGAAAGAAAGAAGAUACCUUAUGACAAACAGGCCAAAAAAAAAAAAAAAGACCUUUCUGCAACUUGAGUAUAAACUCCCCCACGGGUCAGAGCGCUGCUGGCAGUCCUCAUCCUCCUGUUGGCUCUCCCCACACACACGACCGCAAACGACAGAAACAGAGACAGUGGCAGCCCGAAGGCAAGUGCUUUUCUCCAAAGCAGAAGUCCUGGGGGAACGUCACUGGUGGCCUGGCUCAGCAGUAAGCGUCUCCAUGCACCCUCCUGUGCAAAGCCGAGAGCUGACAGAACCGAGGACACCCUGAGCAGGCUUCUCCUAGCUGCAGGGGACCCUUUGUGCUCGCCCCCACCCACUGGGAAGGCACGAGCUCACGGGGAGGAGCGUCAGUCACCGUCCUUAUCCACAUCCCUCUGGCAACCCUCGAGAUUACCGAUAAUCCUUCUGAACUCUUCUGACCACUUCAACCUAACAUAAAGUGAAUUCUAAUUUGCUUGGGGAUUUCUCCUUCAUCCAAACAUGCUUAUACUAUGUGAUAGUAAAGGACUUCCCUCAUGACUGGAAGAUGCUAAAUCACCAAGGUGUGUGUUCAGAAGUGUGGUGUGGGAGGGUGGUCAUGUAGACCAACUUUCCCUUCAGGCAAGCAAGCUGUUCUUGCAGCAGCUCACAGGUCACAGUCCCAGCACCACUGCAGGGUGCUCUGGCUUGACACUGCCAUCCUGGAGGGAGCAGAGAGAGUGCUGUCUCCCUGCAUCCUCCCUGGCAGCCUGCCGUGCUGACCCACCUGGAAGAGAGGCCCUGCUCCUGGUGCCUAGGAACAGACUCCACUUCACAGUGGCAACAGCUCUGCCUGAGGAAACUUGACCGUGUGAUGAUAUAUACAGGAAAAAACUCCAAAGUAGGAACUGAUGUUUGGUGUACGGAAAACACCUUCACCUAAUGAAAAUAUCUUAUUCCUAUACAAGAGAAGGAAUUGGUACAAACUCUAAGCCACAUAAUUGUUUUCGGCCCUCAAUAGCUUUUAUACUCAUAACACAUUAAAGUUUUCAUAGUUGGGUCAUUCAGAGCCCCUCUUACUCUGGGUUCCUGCUAACUAUGCACAACAUCUCAGAGGAUGGCAUACAGAACUAUUUUUCUAACUACAGCACAGGUCACUGGGGGUGGGGGAGGCUUGGGACAUACUUAAAUGUGGCAGGCGACUUACCUUCCACCUUGAUGGACAAAAGGGAAACUAUGCACUUGAGUUUUAAAUCACCAUUGGAUAGCUUGUGCCAGAAACCACACCCAUCCAAUAUUCAAGAAGCAAAACUGACUGUGAGCUCAGUCCGGGGGCUCACUGUAGGGGAAUUACCUUGUCUAGAACACAUACACCUGCAAGUAAAAGGUGAGCUGAUUUCUUUACAAUCAGAUCUCAUCAGACCUUUGAAAUGUUCUGGGCGGCACAACUCCCGGGUCCAUGUGACUCAUGUAAGUAUAACUAAGUAGUGAAAUUGUCUGGUAUAUUCCUAUAUGCCAAUAGUGUACACCUGUAUGUGUGGAAUUUGCUAAUAUAACCAUUUCAAUAAAAACCUAUUGAAAAUGCU